AUGCCCUAUCAGCACACCCGUUCCUUGCGAAUGGUUCUCCUUGACACAAUCCAUGGCUUCUACCUGCAGGCGCUGGCCAGGCUGCCGAGCGGCGACCUGCGCUCUCGCCUCCACCGCAGCCUGCUCAGGGGAGGCUACUGCUACGGCCCCAUGGACGACCCUGCCUCCAACAUCAUCCUCAACACCAUUUGGUACGAGGCCAACUUCGCGGCAGAAAUCACCCCGGCGCUCGACCUGAUCGGACCAAAAAGCCUGACCCGCCUUGUAAGCCGCUCCUUCUACGGGCUCGUCUCCUUCCUCCAGACGCGCUACCAUAACCUGUCUGAGCACCAGGUCGUGCAGUGCCUGGUCGGCACCUGCGGUCAGCUGCGUGCCGCCGAUCCCAAUUUCUGUGCUCCGGGAGAUGAGAAGGCGAAGCAACACAGAUGGUGCUCGGACAUUCCGAUCAUCACAGAAAUGGAGAAGCGAAUCCCAUCUGCUGGCAUCCAAGAGGCUUACGAGGCUGCAGCCACUGCGGCAUGGCACCCCAACCCUGAGCAGCAGGCAGCGUUCCUCACUUCAUGGGAAGGGGAUCGUCAUAGUAUGGGCAGCAAGUUCAGCUUGGAAGAAGUGCAGCAGUUAUGCAGUGUGCUCUCUCCAAACCAGCCGCCGAUUCCUGAACGAAUUUGCAGUUCCUCCUACCAUGUGAAAGUCGGAAAGAUGCGCUCCCAGGCCCAGCAGAUGAGGUUAUCGAGAAAGGUGCAAGCUGCGUUGAACAAACACCUGCUGCGUGAUGGGAUAGAAACCUGAAUUUGAUCUUCAUAUCAUCUGCUGUGUGAACGAGAAUGUGUGUGGCCCAGAGUAUUGCAACGAGCCAGAGGAUUGCCUAUCUUUUGCUCCGUGCAAGUACCUGUACUCUCAUGUUAACUUCUUCGUGACUCGGAAGGGUUCGCUGUUCA